GAACAUUCCUGUUUGCUGACGCUGAUUUCUCACAGCAGAGAGCAGGCAGACAGCGCUGGCUGGCUACGUGCGUUAAAGUCUUUCUGCGAGACCACCUCUCCUCCUCCUUCACCCACAUGUGCAGAGAUUAAUCAGACAAAAGUGAGAAGGGCCCCCACCAGAAUCACGACGUUAUUUAUUUAUUUUUUGGAAGGGGGGGGGGAGGUGGGGUUUAAAAACAAAACAAGUGCAACCUUAAAUCGAGAAGGAAGGUUUGAACAGCAGCGGCAGCCUGCUCUGUCCGGGUGAGCCUUGCUAUUCCUGUCACUGAGUCUGUCUCGCUACCUCUGUAAUCCAUCCCAGAGCUGGAGAGAGAAGGAGAGAGCGCUACGUUCAUUACUACUGCAUAAUUUACAAAAUAAACCACACACAUUUUAAUUUCUGCAAGACAAAAUACUGCGGACAGGAACGAUUUAUUUCGCUUUCGUGUUACAGAACGAGUUGCAAUUUUGGCUAUCCAUGAGCACUGAUUUCCGGCAGUACAACUUCAGGAUGCCAAACAUAGGGUUCCAGAACCUUCCGCUCAAUAUCUACAUUGUGGUUUUUGGGACAGCAAUCUUUGUCUUCAUCCUCAGUUUACUGUUCUGCUGUUACUUAAUCAGGUUACGACAUCAAGCACACAAGGAGCUUUAUGCAUAUAAACAGGUCAUACUGAAAGAGAAAGUAAAAGAACUUAAUUUGCAUGAGAUCUGCGCAGUCUGCUUGGAGGAGUUCAAGCCGAAGGAUGAGCUUGGGAUCUGUCCAUGUAAACAUGCAUUUCACAGAAAGUGUCUGAUCAAGUGGCUCGAAGUAAGGAAAGUUUGUCCACUCUGUAAUACACCUGUCCUCCAAAAUAACCAAGAGUCAGGAGCUAUGAGUGGAACGGACAACCUCGUGUAGCACACGCAGCUCGCAUUUCAACUCAAGAGAAAGGAUUUUCUUUUUUGUAUCAUCAUUAUUUUUGUUCAUUUGUUGUUUCAUUUUUUCCGUGUGUAUAAUGGAGCCGAUUCACAAGGUGGCGAUCCUGCGGACCCAACCUGAGUGUGUGGUUAAUGGCGCACCGUGACACACCGCAAGGGGACUGGAGAGUCUCGAACACCAAAGCACUUUUUUUUGUCGCUGGUUCCACCAGGAGGUGCUGCUGGACCUGUCAGUACAACAUAGCGGCCAAUCUGACUUGAGUUAUACACGAAGGAGCACUUUACAAUGACUCAUUCUCCUCCCCUUUUCCAACUGUCACAGGUACAAAAAAAAAGAGACUGGAGGUGUGUACUGCAUAGGGUUUUCUUAAAGUUCCUUCAGGUUGAGCACUCGGGUGGCAAAAAGGGGCGUGUCAACAUUUUAAGGGAUAAGCAAACAAAGGGAAUGGACUUUGGCCUUUACAAAGUGGAAGCUUUGAGCAUUACAUGACACUAUGCAAAGCAGCCAACCAUGAGGCAGGACUUCUCAAUGAUUUCAUGCUUAAACCCAAGUUACAAAAUUGCCAAAAACAAAAGUGUUAAAGCUCUCACUCCUAUUUUAAAUUAGGUCUGUGAAUGAUAAUGCCCGAAUUAUCGUUCACCGCCCUUUAUUCCUCAGCCAGAGCCUCUUGGCAUUAAACCACCGAAAUAUUUGAUGAUGAGGCACUUUCUUUUUGGGGGAGGGGUUGGAAAAGUGGUCAAACUCUGUUCAAGACACUACACAUAUGGCUGAAUGAGUGGAGCUCUUUGGGACAAUCCCCUUAGUGAAUAGAUGAUUUUAUUUUCCUUUUUAAAAGUAAAGCAUUAUUAAGAACAUUUUGUAAGAAGAGUUUUCAAACACUUUGAGUCUUUGUGAAUGCUUUCUGUGGUUGGUCAGGAGCUGAGAUGUGUCAGUUUAUUCAAUCAGGCUCCUCAGGCAGGUGGAGAGAACACUAUAGUGUUAAUUAGAGACCCACUCAGCCGAUCUCAGCUGUCGAAUACAUCAGCAUAUGGCCAAGAGUGUAAGUGUGGUCGAUAGUGAGAUCCUGUGCAAAGAAGUAAUAUAAUGUUAAAAAAAAAAUGCUUUAAAAGAAAACAACAAAUAAGGAAUUUGGGUAAGAAAGGUGAGAAAAAUGUGUAGGUUGAGAAAGGAAAGAGGUGGAGGUGGGUUUGGGAAUGGCUAGAGAGCAAGUGGAGCUGCUUGGAAAACCGAAAACUAUCUGAACUGAAAUCAGACUAGGAUUAGCAUUGAACCUCUCAUCUGUAUUAAUAAGAUAGGUAGCACUGGGAUGUGUACCAGCACAGCUAAUGAAAGCCUUGUGGACCUUUGCCUAAUUCUUUAAAAUUUGUGUCAUUGGUAGACAGGAUGGUUAAGAAGGCAUUUAGAUGUUUGCCUUCAUUGCUCAGACUUUUGAAUACAAG